AUGUCAACUAAUAAUAAUAAAAAUAACAAUAAUAAUAACAAUAAUGAAGAUAUUGAUAAUAAUGAACUUCAACAACAAGAUAAUGAACAACAACAACAACAAGAACAACCUCCACCACAGGUUUCAGUAUUUAAUGAACAACAACGUCAAAUAAAAGAACAACAACAGGUAAUAGAUUAA